CAGUCGUGAACUGACGACGACGGCGCAGCUUCGUCUUCUCUCUUAUAUUCUCCGUUUACUCGUCUUAGGCUGUUCACGUCUCCGCGAAGCCGUUGGAUUUCAAAGGAACGGUCGAAAUGAAGGUUUCCCCUACACAAGGCAAUCAUCCUAGGCUGCUCUUGGAGACUAUCUAAUCUUUAUCUCUUCCAUACUUCCAAUCUCUGUUUCUCCUACUGUUCAGUUGUUCUGCUCUCUCUACCUCGAUCGUCGCUUCCAUGGCGGAAUGGUUUGUUGGUCCAAUCAUGGACAAGAUCAUCAACACUUGCUCUGAUUACCUGGAAGAGCAAGUCGGAUGGCAGACGGGCAUGAAGAAGGAGCUUGAAAGCCUGCUACAAAACCACCCCAAGAUCCAAGCUGUCGUCUUUGCCGCUAACCAAGCACAAAUUAGCGAUCAGAAUCCGGCUCUCAACAAAUGGAUAUGGCAACUGCGAGAUGCUGUUGAUGAGGCAGAUGAUGUGCUCGAUGAGUUUGAGUACAUGAAGCAUAAAGAACAGCUGACUAGAAACAUGGAGGAAACAGAUCAGAAAAGAACGGCCAACGCGAGCUUCCUGAUUGAAAGUGCUUCCAAAAUUCGCAAAGUUGGCGAACGCGCUCUGAAGAUUGAUCCCAACUUGAAGAGGCUGGAGGAGGUUGUGCAGAAACUAGAUAAAGUUUCAGCUGGGGUUAGUACUUUUCUUCAUAUUCUAGAUAGCGCAAAGCAGGAGCAGCGGGAGCAGCAGCGUGAGUUGUCUGAAGCACGUGAAACAGGAUCCUUGCCUACAAAUGAUCUCAUCGGUAGAGGCGAAGCUAAGGAGUUUGUUAUGCAGUGGUUGAGGAAGCUAUCAAAUGAGCAUCGGGGAACUGAUUUGUACAGAAACAUUUCUCUUCUAUGUAUUGUGGGCCAUGGUGGUAUGGGGAAGACAACGCUCUUGCAACAUGUUUAUGAAGAUGAAAUGACAAAGGAAUUUGAUCUUAAAAUGUGGGUUUGUGUUUCCAACAACUUUGAUGUGAAAAAAGUCAUUGCAGAUAUGUUGGAAUCUCUUAAGAAGAAGAGGCCUCGUUUGGAGACACUUGAGGCACUUCAAGAUAGUCUUCGUAUUGAGAUUAUGUCCAAAAAGAUCUUAUUUGUGCUGGAUGACGUUUGGGAGAAUGAUGAGGAGCAGGAUAAAAAAAAAUGGGAGAAGUUGCUCGCCCCUCUGGCUCAUGGGAAAAUUAGUAGUAGCUUUGACGAUUGCAAAGGUGAUUAAAAAGAAGAAGGAAACAUUUCAAUUACAGGGCUUGGAGGAAGAUCAAUGUUUGCAGCUCCUCAACUCUCAUGCAUUUGCUGAUGUAGAGAAUCCUAAUAAUUAUAAAAGAUUAAAAUCCAUUGCUAGAGAGGUAGUUAAAAAGCUUUCAGGAUCUCCAUUGGCAGCCAAGGUCAUUGGUGGUGUUUUGAAUUCUAGUUUGGAUGAAAGACAUUGGACAAAAGUUUUAAAUAGUGAUUUUGUAAGUCCAAGAUUGGGUCGGGGAGACAUCUUUCUCAUUUUAAGAUUGAGCUAUAUGUUCCUCCCUAAAUAUCUACAAAAUUGUUUCGCAUUUUGUUCUAUAUUUCGACAAGAUUAUUGGUUUGAUAAAGAUGAUUUAGUCAAAA